AUGAUUAAAUGUUAAAGUAUAACAAUAAUAGAUUUUCAUUAUUCAUGCGGAAUGUGUGGAGAAAUGGAAGAAUUAGAUUGCAUUAUUUGUGUUGAUACUGAUUACAUAUAUUUAGUUGGAAAUACUUUUUUCUGUAAAGAAGGAUAUUAUUAUCCGGAUACAGAAAAAUAGAGAUGUAUUAGAUUAAAUAUUUAAAGUACAAAAAUUUCUACGUCCAAUUUUAAUACUGUCAGAUAAUUUGUUUCAAGUUUAAAUAAAUUUAAAUGCCUCCAAAAAUAAUAAGAUGAUAUAUAGAAUCAAGUUUUUAGAUUAUUAUAUUAUUAAUCAUUAAAGAAUGCCAUUAUUAAGGUCUCUCAUGAAAUGUAAUAGAAAUUAAAUGUGAAUUAUGUUCAAUUUCAUAAACAAAAUAUAUAAUGA